AUGCUUGUCUGUGUAGGGCUUGUCUUCUUGGCAGAUCUGGAACUCGCCCACCUGUCCUCUCACCUUCACCCGCCCUCCCAUGCGUCCACCUCUCCCUCCCUCCCUCCCUCCCUCCCUCCCUCCCUCCCUCCCUCCCUCCCCUGUCCCUCGUUCCCCCCCUUCCCGCCUGCCCCGCAUCCAUUGCAUGCGCAUCAGCUGGGCUGUGGUCACGGGCUGCCAGGCAUUCUCGCCUGCCUCAAGGUGACCCCCCUCACAUGCCACCUCGCCCUCACGUGCCACCUCGCCCUCACAUGCCACCUCGCCCUCACAUGCCACCUCGCCCUCACAUGUCACCUCGCCCUCACAUGCCACCUUCCCAUCACAUGCCACCUCGCCCUCACAUGCCACCUCCGCAUCACAUGCCACCUCACCCUCACUGUGCAGGCUGCCCCUUGUUACAUCGCCACAACACACCUACUGCUUGCCACGACUCAACCACCCACCUGCCCACACCCGUUCACUCAUACUCGUCCACCUCUCCUCCUCUUCCCUUCUACCCUUCUUCUCCUCUGCCUUCUCGUCCUUUCCCCAUCCCCCCCUGUUGCUUGGUGCCUCUGUCCCACGGCAUGGCCCAUGGCACGGUGCUGGUGGCGAGGAGGGCAGGGGGCGGCGUUGGUGCAUUUCCAGGACUUCAACGCGGAGGUGCUGCUCAACCUCACCAUCCCCAACCUCACCGCCAACCUCGCUGCCGCCGCCGCUCCCCCCCCGCGCGAGCGCAGGGAGCACAAGGCGGGCAGUGGGGGUGGGGUUGGGGGGGCUGCGGGCGAGAGAGAGGGGGCGUCGUCGCCUUGCUCCCCGCCGGUGACGCCCAAGUCGCCCCUGCCUGACCUGCGCUCGUGCUUCUUUGCUGGUGACUGGGCCGCCAUGGAUGGCCUCCUCUCCCUCUCCCAACCCGCCACCUCCCCUCUGUCUCUCCCUCCCACUGCUGCCGCUGCCACUGAUACUGCUGCCACUGAUACUGCUGCCACUGAUACCACUGCGACUGGUACUGCUGCCGCCGAUACCGCUGCCACUCAAGCCGCUGCUACGGAUGCCACAGCCGACAGUGCCUCACAGGCCUACCCAAGUGUGCCCGCCAGCACAGGCGGCAGCAAGGAGGUGAAGCAGGCGCGGCACGGCAGGGUGCACAUACAGCCUCCCCCGCCCGCAACCCACAUGCCACUGGACGGUGCAUCUGGCACGCCCUCCUUCUGUGCAUCGCCAGGUGGCACUUCGGCAUUGGGUCACGGGGGCAGGAGGGCGGGAGGGGGCGGGGGCGGGUACGACAUCAUCAUGACGGCGGAGACGGUAUACUCGCCGCGCUCCAUGGCCAAGCUGCUUGCCCUCGUCAGUAAGCACACGGACGAGGGCGUUAGAUUCUCCUCUGCAUUAGAUUCUCCUCUGUGUUAG